CCCCCGCGCCGCGGUGAGGGCGGCCCCUGCCCCGGCCCGUCCUGCUGAGGGCACCGAGCGGGCGGGCCAUGGUGGCAAAGGAAUACCUAUUUUAUACAGGGAUACGGCCCAUUCUGCUCUGCAUAAGGCUAGCUUUUGGAGGGCGGAUUCCCUCAGUGGGAAACCACGAAAGUCCUGCGUUGUUUCCUCAUUCAGCUUUCCCUGUGUUUAACCAUGUUUCUACCCAGGACGCUGGAAUAAGGAAGGUUUAAAGGGCUUUAUUUAGCUCUAGGGGAGCUGAAACUCAGUAUCCACUGCACAACUAACAGGGCGCUACACUCUGCCACAUGCAUGGUGCAUUUUGUCUUCAUCUACUGUUUUCAUUGGCAGAGACAAAAAAGAUAGCCUUUUCUGGCCUUUUCCAAUACCCAGAAAACAGGGUCGACUGGUGUCCGAUACCUGCGCUGAGCUCUGUGUGUUUCCCUCUGUGUGACAGCAGAAGGUCCUCUAGAAGGAAUGCAUGUACUGUGUGAGCCUCACUUUAAAUACUCAAAGAAUUAAUUGAAGAACAUGAUGGAAGGAAGGGGAGAGUUUGCUGAAGUAAAAGAAGCCUCUAUCCUCCCCAUGCUAAUUGUUGACAUGGAAAACAAGGAAAAUGGCUCUCUGGAUGUCAAAAAUUCAGUAGAGAACGGGAGGCCUCCAGAUCCUGCUGACUGGGCUGUUACUGAUGUUGUGAAUUAUUUCAGAACAGCUGGAUUUGAAGAACAAGCCAGUGCUUUUCAAGAACAGGAAAUUGAUGGCAAAUCAUUACUGUUGAUGACAAGAAAUGAUGUACUGACUGGACUUUCAUUAAAACUGGGGCCUGCGCUGAAAAUCUAUGAAUAUCACGUAAAACCUCUACAGACACAACAUCUAAAGAACAACUCUUUGUAGCGAAUUGUCUCAUUGGGGUCAUGUUGUACCUCAAAGGAAAAAUAAGCAAUUUGGUUUCAUGUGAUGGAACUUUGUAAAGAGGGAAUAUAUCUAUUAAGAGUUUAAACCAAAUUACAAUAUAUAUCCUAUUGGAUAGAGUUGGCAAUAUACUAUAUACUGAGUCUGAACUGAGAGAGGUGGUGUGUAUUUUUUACAUAGUACAUAAUGAUUUUCUCUUUUAGGAAGUGUCAGUCAGCAUGUUGAGAUAGCUACAUCACUGUAUCCAGAACAUAAGGGAGGUAUGUCAUUCUCAUUUUUGAGCCAGACAAGUUCUUGAUUUCAUUAAUUGAAAUACAAAAAAAAAAAAAUAAAACCAACCCCAAAUAAAGUUUAUAGGCAUCUUUAGGAGAGAGAAACCAGUUAAAGUAGGUUUUGGUUUACACUGAAGACCUAUUAAUAUUAUUCCUACUUUUAAUUUUAGGAUGGGACUGACACUUGCCAAGUCACCCUUUUUUGCAGAGGGUCCUAUUUUGACCUUAUUAAGGUUUACUCGUGGUAUGCUGCAAUGUUUAAAGCUGUACAUACAACUAACAUAACUCCUUCGAUAGCAGAAGGUGUUGCUGACAGGUGAAACUGGGUUGUGUAUUUUUUGCUGUUCUUUAAAUUUUCAACUUGUUUUCACCUGUUUUUAAUAGUAGUCCAAUGUAAAAUAUAGUUGGUUUUUAAAGGUUUGUGUUCCUUUGCAAACAACAACAAAAAAAGCCUAAUUUUAUUUCUUUUUUAAUUUAUGAUUGUUUUCUAACAUUAUGCAGAAAUUUGUAAAAAGUAAAAUUCUGCACAUUUUUAAUACUGUCUGUCUUUGGUGUUGUAAUGAUUGGGGUUUUUUUAAUGCUUUACUUAACAGUUAGAAUACUUGUUUUAAGAACUGAAAGAAGCUGUCUCAUCACCAUACAUCUCUGUUAAAAGAGAGUCUUGUUCAAUCUGUUUGUACCAGUUCCCUAUUUGAUAGGUUGCUUGCUAUAUCCCAAUAAAACAUUGCUUAUGUUUGGAUUC